GAUCCUGGGUGAUUGUUUGCUGUGAAUAUGGUUGUGUGAGUAGUAAAUCUGUCUGAGCCGAGAAACUACUAAUCAAUAAAUGCUUCUCUUUGCUAUUCGCCGCAUAUCCCUCCAGCCGUCAUCGUACUUUUUGUUACCUUUACGAGGAGUCGCGUCGCCUGGAAGUUUCCUUGCCAGGAGACUGGUCAGUUCGCCUGACAUGCCGCCACCGAAGCCCCCGAAUGUGCUGGUUUUCACCAACGAGGAACACGACUCGGAUCAGUCGCGGUUCAAUGCGGUGAAGGAAACCCUGAACAUGUGCUUGAGUCCGGACUACUACACCGUUUACCUACUCUCGGAACAACAGGUUAAAAGCACCCCAUGGCUCUCCAACACAAAGCUCCUCAUCGUUGCCUGCAAGGAACUGAGCUACACGACUACCCGCAUCUUCACCGAAUACCUCCUUCGUGGUGGCAGCCUUCUAGUGAUGGCUUCGCGGCUCUGCCUUCCCGGUGUCACAUCCAGCGAACUCAGUGCCCAGCCGCGUCCUGCCUGUGUGAACUAUGAGCAUGCGUCUGGUGCAUACAUUAUGGAGGGACAGUCCAAGUACACGUUUGACAGUGAUGCCAAUGUCAAAACACUUGCGUCUGACCAAGAAGGCAGGAGCCUCAUGUUUGAAAUGAAGCUAAAAAGCAGCAGAGGUGUCGCCCUUCUAUCCCAGAUUCACCUGGAGUAUGACCCGGUGUUCUUCAGUCCUUCUGAAGACGUCUUUGCACUUUUGAAGAAAUCAAAUGAAACAAGGAUAUCCAUCUUUCGUCAUAUUUUGUCUACAAGGUUUCACCUGAACUGUGAUGCCAGGCCUCAGCAUAAACUUUCUCUUGGACACAUUUUUUCAGCAAACAAGGUGGCACAUGACAACUUGCUCUCAAGAAUCCAAAGCUGUGCCAAAAAUGGUACCAUUGUGGAUAACGAAAUCACCUUCCGCUACAUCACCGAGGAUCAGGCAAAGGUCAUCACGCCGACGACACAUUGCCUUCCUGUUGUUCUGUCAAGCAGUGAGGGCUUGCUUAGCAGUGAUGUCUUCAACAGCAGAUUAUAUUUUGCUGCACUCAAAACUCACAACUUGGGCCAUGCUCUUCUCUUUGUGGAGAACGUCACCACAACUAUGACAGCUGUCAAAGCUUUGUGCAACACGCAUGGUUCUGUUGCAGUGGCUACUCGGCAGCUAAAUGGAAAAGGUCGAGGAGGCAAUGCAUGGCUCGGACCUGCCGGCUGUGCCAUGUUCACAGUGUGUCUGCACAUUCCUCUCCACUCUCCCCUGGGACAGAGAAGCCCAUUUGUCCAGCAUCUAGCAGCCCUCGCCUUAGCCAAGGCAGUGCGAAAUACAGAGGGCUAUGAGGGUGUCAACAUCCGCGUCAAAUGGCCAAAUGACAUUUACUACGAGACCCACGCCAAGAUUGGGGGAAUCCUAGUGACAUCUACCGUGAACAAGGAUACCAUCACCUGUUACAUCGGUUGUGGCCUGAACGUCUCCAACAGCCAGCCCACGCUGUGCAUCAACGACAUUGCAAAAGUGGUGUCCAGAAAUGCAAGUCAGGAAUGUCCCAGACCCCUAACAUCGGAGGAAGUGAUCGCCAAGGCACUCAACGAACUGGAAUUCCUAGUGGCCACUUUUCAGGGUGGUGGUGUCAACAUGAUUCUUCAGGACUACUAUCGGUAUUGGCUACAUGGGGGUCAAGUGGUCACCCUUCAAACUUUUGGUUCCAAAGCACUAAUCAAAGGCCUGGACGACUAUGGGUACUUGGUCGCUGUUGCCUCCGGAAAGGAAUACAAACUGCAGCCCGAUGGAAACAGCUUUGACCUUAUGAACAACCUCAUCGUCAUGAAGGCUUGAACCGCUCCACAUGCCCCCUUUUUAAAGUGCAUUUAUGUGCAUGUGUACCACGCACCAAAGGAACUCUAUUUUUAGUAUUUCUUGAACCUGUUUUUGUUCAAUUUUUUAUCAAAUACAAAAAUACAUAUGUAUGUUUAAGAGAUUACAUUCCAAAAUUCCAUUGCACCAAUGUGGUAGUCAGAUAAUAAAUGUAAAUUUUAUUACAA